AUGGGAAAGCAGAAGCAGGCCGGCGGGAAGCCCAAGGGCGGGUACUGGAUGGCCACGGUCGACCCCGCGAGGGUGCGCUUUGCCUUCUCCCGCAUCCGCCCGUACUUCAGCGGCUGCGGGCGCAAGGUCGAGGACACACUGCAAGACAUCCGCGACGGGAAGCUCGACGCACGCGACCUGCCGGCCAUCACCGUCAUGGACCGGCCCGACAGCGGCGGCGGCGACAAGUGGUACUUUUCGCUGAACAACAGGAGGCUGUGGGUGCUGAAGCGGGCGGCGGACGAGGGCCUGCUCGGCGGGGCGGGCGGACGCGAGGUAGAGGUGCGCGUGCGCGCGAUGCGGCCGCACGAGCUCAAGAAAUACACCUUGGAGACCUGCGCAUGCGAGGCGAAGUUCCUUUACGCUGCGGGCAACGGGGACGUUCCGGACGGGACCGCGGAGGGCGACCGCGACGGUGCAGCGGCGGAGGAGGAGGACGAGGAGGAGGGUUCCGGCGACGAGGGGGUCAUGCGGGGCGAGCGCGAGCGGUUGGCAGAGCUCAUCGCGAGGGCUGCCGAGGGGCCGGGGCUGGCGCUGGAGGAAGCGCGGGAGCUCGAGCGGCUACGGAGAGCGCUGAAAAAGGCAGGGAUCUCGGUGUGA